AUGUGUCUUAGGAAACGGGUGUUGAAAGUCGCCCAUGUGAACACGCCUCAGAAAAGGUUGGAGAGCACUGUUCUGCCUCACAGUUUAGAGGAUGAUGAGGAGGAUGAAUAUCAGCCAGAUUUCCUAGAACAUACUCCAAGCUUCUAUGAGGAUGCCAGUGAUGUAACCAGUAGAUCUAAUAAUGUAAGAACCUCUAUUCCCACACCAGAAAUCAGGAAGGUGAAAAUGCUAUUACAGGCAGCCAAAGAGGAAAACGAUGAAAUUAAUGACAAGAUCCGGCAGAGAAAGAUGAUGGUUGCUAUUGCAGAGAAGCAGAUGGCAGCAGACUCAUGUGCAAAGAAAAGAAGUAAGGAAAGUAUUGAGCAAGGGAGGAUCAAGGAAAGUACAAAUAAGGAAAGUUGGAAGCAUGACAUGUACCACCAGAUCUAUGAUAAGCAUUCCAGACUUGAAGAUCUGCCUGCAAGCAACACCAGAGCAGAAGAGCAAGAAGAGAGCCCUCUGGGGAAUCCUGAAUAUGAAAAACCUGUUCAUGAUAUUUUUAUGUAUCCUGUAGAAAAGGCUCAUGUUGGAUCCGUAAGCAUGGAUAGAGAUCUGGUAUCCAGAAGUGAUGGAAAUAUGAAUUUGGUAGUUCGUCUAGGGAUGCAGACAGAGCUAUUCAGUGAACAGGAUGCAGAUGAGCUACCAAGCCCAUUGAGGAGACCUCUUGUAGAUGUCGACUCAAGCUAUGUGGAAGAUACAAACUCAGAGUUAAGUACUUCCCUUCAGUCGCCUGAAGCCAGCAAACCUCCUGAAACUUUGCCCACACCUCCCUCUUCUGAAAAGAUGUCAGGAAAGUAUGUGUUACGAAGACCAAAUCCAAACACUAAAAUUCCCCUUCGGAGGCCAAAGUGUGCCCCUUCAGCUUUACUCUUGCCGGCACGAGAAAUCUUGAUUGAAAAACCGGGCAAGACUUCCGGUCCUCCUUCCAGCAACGGAUCUCGGGAAAUGAAAAAGCAUGAUAGCAAUAGUGAGAGUCAGUUGACAAGGACCUGCUACCCUGGAGAAGCCAUUGAACAUGAAUUUAAUUCAGAAGUCUGUAAAACUGUGGGGAGGCCUUCCAGGAAUACAGCAAGUAUGAGGAAUGGACUUACUCAAAUACAGGCCAGAUUAAUCCAGAUGAGUAAUAGUGGUUUACCAGUUGCAAGACAUAAAGUUAUAAAAUGUGAUACAGCAGGGUAUAGAAAUGUAGAAACGAAUGAGGAAGAGGUGAUAGUGGAGGAAGAGGAGAUAGUCGAGGAAGAGGUAGUGGAGGAAGAAGAGGAAGAGGUAGUGGAGGAGGAAGAGGAGGUUGUGGUGGAAGAAGAAGAACUAGUGGAAGAGGAGUUGGUAGUGGAGGAGGAAAAGCUGGAAAGGAAUGUUUUUUAUACUUCUAACAAUGAUGGCAAGAAACCUGGUGAUGGUACCAUCUCUCCUUCAUCUGUGUUAUUCCUCGCGAACUACCUUGAGGCUAAGAUCGUAUUCAAAGCAUAUGCUCUAAGAAAUGAUCCUCUAAACAAACCAAUUGGUAUUGCUCAGUUGGAGAGUGGCCAUAUUAUCGUGGCAGACACCUUCAACAACCGCAUGAUGCUGUUUGACGGGACGGGGAAGGUUCUUGGCCCUUUCUAUUCUUCCUCCUCCUUGUACCAUCCUUCUGCUGUGGUGGAGCUUGAGGAUGGUGGCUUUGCUGUCAAGGACAACAACAGCAUUACAGUCUUUUCAUCAGAGUUUGAGUGCUGCAAAGUCAUUGCAAAGGGAAAGUUGAGUCGACCUUAUGGUCUGACCGUGAAUGCAGAGGGCCUGUUAGUGACUGUUGAGACUAGCCUGACUGGCAGUCUUAACAUCGUCACCCUGAAUCCAGUCUCAGGCAGUGUUGAGUCAAGGGUGAAAGUGGACUUGGGUCUGAGCAGCCAUGCCAAGAGUGAGAGCAAACCACGCUUCAUUGCCUGGCAGGGAGAAUGCAGGCUCUUGGUAGUAGAUCUCGGCCUGAACUGCGUCUACAUUAUAGAUGCCUUUGCUGGGGUGGUUCUAAAGAGGUUUGGGGAGUAUGGCCAAGGCCGAGACCAGAUGCAUGACCCGUCUGGCAUAGUCUGUGAUGGGGAUGGCUUCAUUCUCCUAGGGGACAGCCGAAACCAUCGUGUGCUGAUCUAUGACCCCGAUGGUCAGUACAUCUCAGUCUUGGAAGUGGAUGUACCUGUUCGCCGUCCCUCCGGCUUGUACCUGACCUCGAAUGGUAAUCUGCUCAUACUUAACUACUGGGAGAACUCUGUGGCGGCUUAUCGCUUUCAGGAGAUUGGGGAUAGUUCUUCUGUUUAAGGAGGAAGAGGAGGAAGAUAAUGGUGAUCUUGAA